UCUACUUACCCAGUUGAGCACACUUCCGAUGAAGAGGAACUAACUACUGCAACUUACACUUCCACCGACUCUGAAGGUAAUGUCACCACUGGUGUUACUACUUACCCAGUUCAUAACACUUCCGAUGAAGAGGAAUUGAUUACUGCUACUUACACUUCCACCGACUCUGAAGGUAAUGUCACCACUGGUGUUACUACUUACCCAGUUCAUAACGCUUCCGAUGAAGAGGAAUUGACUACUGCUACUUACACUUCCACCGACUCUGAAGGUAAUGUCACCACUGGUGUUACUACUUACCCAGUUCAUAACACUUCCGAUGAAGAGGAAUUGACUACUGCUACUUACACUUCCACCGACUCUGAAGGUAAUGUCACCACUGGUGUUACUACUUACCCAGUUGAGCACACUUCCGAUGAAGAGGAACUAACUACUGCUACUUACACUUCCACCGACUCUGAAGGUAAUGUCACCACUGGUGUUACUACUUACCCAGUUGAGCACACUUCAGAUGAAGAGGAACUAACUACUGCUACUUACACUUCCACCGACUCUGAAGGUAAUGUCACCACUGGUGUUACUACUUACCCAGUUCAGCACACUUCCGAUGAAGAGGAAUUGACUACUGCUACUUACACUUCCACCGACUCUGAAGGUAAUGUCACCACUGGUGUUACUACUUACCCAGUUCAUAACACUUCCGAUGAAGAGGAAUUGACUACUGCUACUUACACUUCCACCGACUCUGAAGGUAAUGUCACCACUGGUGUUACUACUUACCCAGUUGAGCACACUUCAGAUGAAGAGGAACUAACUACUGCUACUUACACUUCCACCGACUCUGAAGGUAAUGUCACCACUGGUGUUACUACUUACCCAGUUGAGCACACUUCCGAUGAAGAGGAACUAACUACUGCUACUUACACUUCCACCGACUCUGAAGGUAAUGUCACCACUGGUGUUACUACUUACCCAGUUGAGCACACUUCAGAUGAAGAGGAACUAACUACUGCUACUUACACUUCCACCGACUCUGAAGGUAAUGUCACCACUGGUGUUACUACUUACCCAGUUGAGCACACUUCCGAUGAAGAGGAAUUGACUACUGCUACUUACACUUCCACCGACUCUGAAGGUAAUGUCACCACUGGUGUUACUACUUACCCAGUUGAGCACACUUCAGAUGAAGAGGAACUAACUACUGCUACUUACACUUCCACCGACUCUGAAGGUAAUGUCACCACUGGUGUUACUACUUACCCAGUUGAGCACACUUCCGAUGAAGAGGAACUAACUACUGCUACUUACACUUCCACCGACUCUGAAGGUAAUGUCACCACUGGUGUUACUACUUACCCAGUUCAGCACACUUCUGAUGAAGAGGAAUUAACUACUGCUACUUACACUUCCACCGACUCUGAAGGUAAUGUCACCACUGGUGUUACUACUUACCCAGUUGAGCACACUUCCGAUGAAGAGGAAUUGACUACUGCUACUUACACUUCCACCGACUCUGAAGGUAAUGUCACCACUGGUGUUACUACUUACCCAGUUGAGCACACUUCAGAUGAAGAGGAAUUGACUACUGCUACUUACACUUCCACCGACUCUGAAGGUAAUGUCACCACUGGUGUUACUACUUACCCAGUUGAGCACACUUCCGAUGAAGAGGAACUAACUACUGCAACUUACACUUCCACCGACUCUGAAGGUAAUGUCACCACUGGUGUUACUACUUACCCAGUUCAUAACACUUCCGAUGAAGAGGAAUUGACUACUGCUACUUACACUUCCACCGACUCUGAAGGUAAUGUCACCACUGGUGUUACUACUUACCCAGUUCAUAACGCUUCUGAUGAAGAGGAAUUGACUACUGCAACUUACACUUCCACCGACUCUGAAGGUAAUGUCACCACUGGUGUUACUACUUACCCAGUUCAGCACACUUCCGAUGAAGAGGAACUAACUACUGCUACUUACACUUCCACCGACUCUGAAGGUAAUGUCACCACUGGUGUUACUACUUACCCAGUUGAGCACACUUCCGAUGAAGAGGAAUUGACUACUGCUACUUACACUUCCACCGACUCUGAAGGUAAUGUCACCACUGGUGUUACUACUUACCCAGUUCAUAACAUUUCCGAUGGAGAGGAAUUGACUACUGCUACUUACACUUCCACCGACUCUGAAGGUAAUGUCACCACUGGUGUUACUACUUACCCAGUUGAGCACACUUCCGAUGAAGAGGAAUUGACUACUGCUACUUACACUUCCACCGACUCUGAAGGUAAUGUCACCACUGGUGUUACUACUUACCCAGUUGAGCACACUUCAGAUGAAGAGGAAUUGACUACUGCUACUUACACUUCCACCGACUCUGAAGGUAAUGUUACCACCGGUACCACCACCUACCCAGUCUCCGACACCAGUGAAGAAGAAGUCACCACUUCUACCUACACUUCCACCGACUCUGAAGGUAAUGUUACCACCGGUACCACCACCUACCCAGUCUCUCACACUUCUGAAGAAGAAGUCACCACUUCUACUUACACUUCCACCGACUCUGAAGGUAAUGUUACCACCGGUACCACCACCUACCCAGUUUCUCACACCAGUGAAGAAGAAGUCACCACUUCUACUUACACUUCCACCGACUCUGAAGGUAAUGUUACCAUCGGUACCACCACCUACCCAGUCUCCCACACCAGUGAAGAAGAAGUCACCACUUCUACUUACACUUCCACGGAUUCUGAAGGUAAUGUUACCACCGGUACCACCACCUACCCAGUCUCUCACACUUCUGAAGAAGAAGUCACCACUUCUAUUUACACUUCCACCGACUCUGAAGGUAAUGUUACCACCGGUACCACCACCUACCCAGUCUCGCACACCAGUGAAGAAGAAGUCACCACUUCUACUUACACUUCCACCGACUCUGAAGGUAAUGUUACCACCGGUACCACCACCUACCCAGUCUCUCACACUUCUGAAGAAGAAGUCACCACUUCUACUUACACUUCCACCGACUCUGAAGGUAAUGUAACCACCGGUACCACCACCUACCCAGUCUCCCACACCAGUGAAGAAGAAGUCACCACUUCUACCUACACUUCCACCGACUCUGAAGGUAAUGUUACCACCGGUACCACCACCUACCCAGUCUCUCACACUUCUGAAGAAGAAGUCACCACUUCUACUUACACUUCCACCGACUCUGAAGGUAAUGUUACCACCGGUACCACCACCUACCCAGUCUCUCACACCAGUGAAGAAGAAGUCACCACUUCUACUUACACUUCCACCGACUCUGAAGGUAAUGUUACCACCGGUACCACCACCUACCCAGUCUCUCACACUUCUGAAGAAGAAGUCACCACUUCUACCUACACUUCCACCGACUCUGAAGGUAAUGUUACCACCGGUACCACCACCUACCCAGUCUCUCACACUUCUGAAGAAGAAGUCACCACUUCUACCUACACUUCCACCGACUCUGAAGGUAAUGUUACCACCGGUACCACCACCUACCCAGUCUCUCACACCAGUGAAGAAGAAGUCACCACUUCUACUUACACUUCCACCGACUCUGAAGGUAAUGUUACCACCGGUACCACCACCUACCCAGUCUCUCACACCAGUGAAGAAGAAAUCACCACUUCUACUUACACUUCCACCGACUCUGAAGGUAAUGUUACCACCGGUACCACCACCUACCCAGUCUCUCACACCAGUGAAGAAGAAGUCACCACUUCUACUUACACUUCCACCGACUCUGAAGGUAAUGUUACCACCGGUACCACUACCUACCCAGUCUCUCACACUUCUGAAGAAGAAUUGACUACUUCUACUUACACUUCCACUGACUCUGAAGGUAAUGUUACCACCGGUACCACCACCUACCCAGUCUCUCACACCAGUGAAGAAGAAGUCACCACUUCUACCUACACUUCCACCGACUCUGAAGGUAAUGUUACCACCGGUACUACUACCUACCCAGUCUCUCACACUUCUGAAGAAGAAUUGACUACUUCUACUUACACUUCCACCGACUCUGAAGGUAAUGUUACCACCGGUACUACUACCUACCCAGUCUCUCACACUUCUGAAGAAGAAGUAACCACUUCUACUUACACUUCCACCGACUCUGAAGGUAAUGUUACCACCGGUACCACCACCUACCCAGUCUCCCACACCAGUGAAGAAGAAUUGACUACUUCUACUUACACUUCCACCGACUCUGAAGGUAAUGUUACCACCGGUACCACCACCUACCCAGUCUCCCACACCACUGAAGAAGAAUUGACUACUUCUACUUACACUUCCACCGACUCUGAAGGUAAUGUUACCACCGGUACCACUACCUACCCAGUCUCCCACACCACUGAAGAAGAAUUGACUACUUCUACUUACACUUCCACCGACUCUGAAGGUAAUGUUACCACCGGUACCACUACCUACCCAGUCUCCCACACCACUGAAGAAGAAUUGACUACUUCUACUUACACUUCCACCGACUCUGAAGGUAAUGUUACCACCGGUACCACUACCUACCCAGUCUCCCACACCACUGAAGAAGAAUUGACUACUUCUACUUACACUUCCACCGACUCUGAAGGUAAUGUUACCACCGGUACCACUACCUACCCAGUCUCCCACACCACUGAAGAAGAAUUGACUACUUCUACUUACACUUCCACCGACUCUGAAGGUAAUGUUACCACCGGUACCACUACCUACCCAGUCUCCCACACCACUGAAGAAGAAUUGACUACUUCUACUUACACUUCCACCGACUCUGAAGGUAAUGUUACCACCGGUACCACUACCUACCCAGUCUCCCACACCAGUGAAGAAGAAUUGACUACUUCUACUUACACUUCCACCGACUCUGAAGGUAAUGUUACCACCGGUACCACUACCUACCCAGUCUCCCACACCACUGAAGAAGAAUUGACUACUUCUACUUACACUUCCACCGACUCUGAAGGUAAUGUUACCACCGGUACCACUACCUACCCAGUCUCCCACACCACUGAAGAAGAAUUGACUACUUCUACUUACACUUCCACCGACUCUGAAGGUAAUGUUACCACCGGUACCACUACCUACCCAGUCUCCCACACCAGUGAAGAAGAAUUGACUACUUCUACUUACACUUCCACCGACUCUGAAGGUAAUGUUACCACCGGUACCACUACCUACCCAGUCUCCCACACCAGUGAAGAAGAAUUGACUACUUCUACUUACACUUCCACCGACUCUGAAGGUAAUGUUACCACCGGUACCACUACCUACCCAGUCUCCCACACCACUGAAGAAGAAUUGACCACUUCUACUUACACUUCCACCGACUCUGAAGGUAAUGUUACCACCGGUACCACUACCUACCCAGUCUCUCACACCAGUGAAGAAGAAUUGACUACUUCUACUUACACUUCCACCGACUCUGAAGGUAAUGUUACCACCGGUACCACUACCUACCCAGUCUCUCACACCAGUGAAGAAGAAUUGACUACUUCUACUUACACUUCCACUGACUCUGAAGGUAAUGUUACCACCGGUACCACUACCUACCCAGUCUCUCACACCAGUGAAGAAGAAUUGACUACUUCUACUUACACUUCCACCGACUCUGAAGGUAAUGUUACCACCGGUACCACUACCUACCCAGUCUCUCACACCAGUGAAGAAGAAGUGACUACUUCUACUUACACUUCUACCGACUCUGAAGGCAAUGUUACCACCGGUACCACUACCUACCCAGUCUCUCACACCAGUGAAGAAGAAGUCACCACUUCUACUUACACUUCCACCGACUCUGAAGGUAAUGUUACCACCGGUACCACUACCUACCCAGUCUCUCACACCAGUGAAGAAGAAUUGACUACUUCUACUUACACUUCCACUGACUCUGAAGGUAAUGUUACCACCGGUACCACUACCUACCCAGUCUCUCACACCAGUGAAGAAGAAGUCACCACUUCUACUUACACUUCCACCGACUCUGAAGGUAAUGUUACCACUGGUACCACUACCUACCCAGUCUCUCACACUUCUGAAGAAGAAGUCACCACUUCUACUUACACUUCCACCGACUCUGAAGGUAAUGUUACAACCGGUACCACUACCUACCCAGUCUCUCACACCAGUGAAGAAGAAGUCACCACUUCUACUUACACUUCCACCGACUCUGAAGGUAAUGUUACCACCGGUACCACUACCUACCCAGUCUCUCACACCAGUGAAGAAGAAUUGACUACUUCUACUUACACUUCCACUGACUCUGAAGGUAAUGUUACCACCGGUACCACUACCUACCCAGUCUCUCACACCAGUGAAGAAGAAUUGACUACUUCUACUUACACUUCCACUGACUCUGAAGGUAAUGUUACCACUGGUACCACUACCUACCCAGUCUCUCACACCAGUGAAGAAGAAGUGACUACUUCUACUUACACUUCCACCGACUCUGAAGGUAAUGUUACCACCGGUACCACUACCUACCCAGUCUCUCACACCAGUGAAGAAGAAGUCACCACUUCUACUUACACUUCCACCGACUCUGAAGGUAAUGUUACCACCGGUACCACUACCUACCCAGUUUCUCACACCAGUGAAGAAGAAGUCACCACUUCUACUUACACUUCCACCGACUCUGAAGGUAAUGUUACCACCGGUACCACUACCUACCCAGUCUCUCACACCAGUGAAGAAGAAGUCACCACUUCUACUUACACUUCCACCGACUCUGAAGGUAAUGUUACCACCGGUACCACUACCUACCCAGUCUCUCACACCAGUGAAGAAGAAGUCACCACUUCUACUUACACUUCCACCGACUCUGAAGGUAAUGUUACCACCGGUACCACUACCUACCCAGUCUCUCACACUUCUGAAGAAGAAUUGACUACUUCUACUUACACUUCCACCGACUCUGAAGGUAAUGUUACCACUGGUACCACUACCUACCCAGUCUCUCACACCAGUGAAGAAGAAUUGACUACUUCUACUUACACUUCCACCGACUCUGAAGGUAAUGUUACCACUGGUACCACUACCUACCCAGACUCUCACACCAGUGAAGAAGAAUUGACUACUUCUACUUACACUUCCACCGACUCUGAAGGAAAUGUUACCACCGGUACCACUACCUACCCAGUCUCUCACACCAAUGAAGAAAGAAUUGACUACUUCUACUUACACUUCCACCGACUCUGA